AUGAAAGAAAUAGGAGGAAAUAUGCUGGAAAAAAAAAAAGGAACAGUUGAUAAAAUAUUAAUAACAACAAUUGAUAGAACAACAACAACAACAGCAACAACAAUUGAUAGAGCAACAACAAAAGCAACAACUGAUAAAACAACGACAACAAUAGUUGAUGGAACAACAACAAUUGAUAGAACAGCAACAACAACAACAACAAGCGAUAGAAUAACAACAACAACAACAACAACAACAAUAACAACAACAGCAACAACUGAUAAAACAACGACAACAAUAAUUGAUGGAACAAUAACAAUUGAUAGAACAACAACAAUAACGUCUGAUAAAAAACAACAACAACUACUGAUUUAG